AUGGGCACACACACGAACACAUUUUUCGUAGUCAUAGGCAACAAGCAAAUGUCCGUACUCACCGGAUCUUCAACAGCACAGAUCAUAUCAAAAGAAAAAGGAUACUCCAUCAAAAGCGUAGCAUCCUCAAAUACAUUCUUGAUCAAAAAAGGUUCAACAUACACAAAAGCAAAGUUGGUGCUCGAUCUUGUUGAAAACAAGCCAGAUCUAAACGAAAUCUAUAGACAUGUUCCAUUCUGCUCGGUAUGGAAUAUCUCAAACGGCAUCAAUAUGCAGCAAGUGUUCCACCUAGGUGAUGAUCAAGUUGUGGAAGUUGCUAAAACAUUGAAAUUAUUGAAUAUAAAUAACAUUCAUUUCAAAAUAUGUUAUCAUGACAUCAAGGAAAUUGUGUGUUACAUGAACAGCGUCAAAGAUAAUCCAGAAUUCAGCCAAAUGAUGGAUAUAUAUCCUCCAGACAUCAAAAAAUGGGCACUAGAGUUCUUUAAAGGAGAUCUAAAUGAAAUAGGACUGUACUGCAUGCUGUGUUUAGAUGAAAAAAACAAUCUACAGGCAUUCUUGCCAAUGUGGAAAGAGUUAACCAUUGAAGAUAUAAAUGUGAAUUCACUCAUCGAAUACAUGAAUACUGUUUUUGUAGAAAAUAAGCAAAAAGAGCGACUUAUAAAGUAUCUGAAUACAAUUCAUGAUUAA